AAAGUGGUUGAUUAAACUUAGCAUAGCAUAUCGUUAUUGGUAUUAUUUUAAAUUAUUAAUUAAAUCGUGAUUGAUAAUCAACCAUUUUGUUAAUAGUGCAAAGAAAAAAUGAGAAUAGAAAUAAAUAAAUGUAUUUAAUAAGAUCUAUGCAUUUAAUCUAAAGAAUUUGGACAGUUGAGAAAAGUAAAAUGUUCCAAAAUUGAUAGAAAUUGAAUUACAAAAGACAGUAAUAAUUAAGAGGUUAUAUUGUCAAUUUAAACAUAAACUCAAAUAUUAAUUAUGUUAUUCUACCAUGUUUGAAAUACCAUUAGGUUUAGACUGUGCCAAAGAAGAAUUCACAAAACUGUAAUGGUGGAAAGUGCCUGCAGCUGGAAUUCUUAUAAAUAUCAUAAUAAAAAAUGUAGAAAAAAGCGAUAAAUUAAGUUUGAAAUUUUCCACUAUGUCCAAGUGUGAAAAUAGCAUGGGACGCUCUCUCCGUCUGUUCGUCAUCUCUUCUGUCAACAAUUUAACUUCUAUUUAAACAACAUAUUAAAUAUUUAGACAAAAAUCGAUGAUGAAGAAGAGAAAUAUUUAAAUUAAGAGAAUAAAAACCACAUAUCCGAGAUCGAUACAUAUGGUUAAAACAGUAUGUUUACGCUAUUCAGCACAAUAAAGUCUUCAGUUUAUACUAUAUUGAUUCCAAGGCCUACACUUUAGCUCCAAGAGCUGGCAUAAUUUGGGGGCGGGGCUUGGUUUGGCUCAUUAGCAUAGAACCAAUAAGGAGAUUGUCAAGACACUCCACUUGAUGGCUUUUCAUGAGUAUUUAAUGAAUGGGAUUUACAUCGACUUGCGAAAGUCGCGUGCUGUGGGAUGUGGCUUUCCGUGCGUUCAAUCAAGAUUUCUCUCAAGGACCUUAUUUAAUAUAUUAAUAGUGAUCUAUGAGAUACCUCAGAACAAGAAACUUUCUCUUGUGUGAUUGACGCUAAAGCGUGAAGACGAUUUCACUCCAAUUUCAUAGGAUACUAGCAACUUACUUGCGCCUUGAAAACAAAGUUAUUUUUGUGAAAAGUCAACAUUGUUUUCCUCCCGAAGAUAUAAUUAAAAGAAGAAAAGUUAAUAGACAAUCGAUGAGAGAAGAACUUGCUGCUGAGGGAUGACAUCUCUAAUUGAAAACUGUACCUCGCGCGAGUUCCCCUCGGCGGUAGAGAAACUUAAUUUCCAAAGUAAAAUCCUGAGCAUACACACCAACAACCAUCUGAACUAUAAAGUUCAUGAUACUCGCGAUAACUUACAGGUCGAGAAAGAAAACGAUGUCGAUAGUGGCUGUAAUGAAAGCAUAACCUCCCCCACAAAAUCAGACGACGCCUCAGAAGGGAAGCAAGACGGAAAGAACGACCAGUCGGAAGAUUCCAAACUUCUGAGAGACAUUCUGCAAAACAAAGAAAUGUCCAUAGAGAACAACAACACGGAAGAGGCCAGACUGCCUGAAAGUACAGAAAGAAAAAACUCCGAGGGACACAUGAUGAAGAACAUUAUCUCAUCCUUCAGUCAACAGGACGACGACAGAAAUUCCUUAAAUUCAGAUUCCGGGGAUGAGAGCGAUUAUGGGAGCUCGGGAGAACCAAUGGUAAAUGGUGACGAUUUAGAGGGAAAUGACAUGAGAUACGAUGUUGACAGUGCCAGUGAUAACGGACUAUUUGGGCAAGAGGAUAGUAAGGAAGCCAAGCGCGCUCGUGUUGAAAAUAUUUUAUCCAACAUGCGCCCAGCUUCUCGCGGGUCAGCCGAUCAGAAUGGAAUCCCACUCCAGGAAGUUCGUCGUCAAAAACGAAAACAGAAUCAGCCAACACAGCAUGAACCGAAUUGGGCUGAUCCUUCUAGUCCGAAAUAUCGCCGCAUAGAAGAAAGAAUGGCUCUUCAGGAACAACUCGUCAAACUGCAGCAACAACUACAUCUUGUUCAGAAACGCUACGUGGAACUCUAUGAUGAAGACCAAGAUGGAGAAAACCACACGCGGUUCAGUGGUAGAGACUACUUUGUAGAGAGAAAUUUCCUUGACCGGGGUAUUCUUGAUGUUCCCAAGCUUAAGGAUGUCAAAUUCUUGCAACAUACGGACAAAGCAAUGCAAAAUCAACCAAAUAUUUUUGACACUUUGCCCGACUCAAAAGUUCCUCAAGACAAUGACAAAAAGAGUGAUAAACAGAACAUUCCCUUGCAAAAACUUGACUUAGAAAAUCUAUCGAACUCACUGAAAAGUGGUCUGUCUAAUAUUCUCAAUCAAACUGUAGAUGACAUUGUUCAUAAAUUUAUCGAGGAAAGAUCUGCCAAGUUAAUGGAGAGGGAGCGCGAAAAGAAGAGAAAAGAGGAAGAAGCAAUGAAAGAAGCAAAACAAAAAGAAGAAACGCGACAAAGACACCCAGAACCUCAUCUGAAUUCAGGGCUACCUCCAUUCAGAGAUCCCUUUCACGAUCUCCGACAUGAUCAUAUUGGGAAUAUGGCAAGAAUAUUAGAAAAGGCCAGCGCCUUCGACGCACCUCGGGGUAUACAACAUGAUUUACACAGAGCACCCCACCACCCUCUACCAUUUCCUUUGCCGUUUUCUUACUUUCCGUCACAAAUGAUGCAUCCGCCAUCUUUGUAUAGUUGUGCACCACCCACAAUCACAGAACCCGAACAAACAGAGGCAUUGCCCCUGGUAGUGAAUGGUAGCACCCCCAAAAAGAAACGUACCAAAGUAACAGACACCAGACUUUCCCCUCGUGCAGCUCGUGCCUUACUUGGCCAAGACCCAAUUCACCUCAACUCAGCUGGCGACGUGGAUCGUCAUCCACCAACCUCGUUCUCAACUCUUAUUCCGCCGGUUCUUCCGACCAGUGUAGCUAUUCCAAAUCCCAGUCUGCAAGAAUCAAACCUGAUGAGGUUCUACAGAGAUAACGCACCUUUCAGUGACUUGUCAUCCAGGAACCACUCCCCAAUGCAUGGAGAUAACUACUCACCAAGCGCGAUCCCCUCCCCAGCAGACAGCAUCAACACUAUGAUGAAGUUCGAGUCCAUAGAAAGUGGCUCAGAUAGCUAUGACAACCCAAAUAUGCACAUGACCAGUACACUGACUCCUAUGCACCUGAGGAAGGCGAAGCUGAUGUUCUUUUAUGUGCGAUAUCCCAGCUCCGCCAUUUUGAAGGUUUACUUCCCGGAUGUCAAGUUCAACAAGAACAACACUGCGCAGCUCGUCAAAUGGUUUAGCAACUUCCGAGAAUUCUUCUACAUCCAGAUGGAGAAAUAUGCCCGCCAAUCCAUUGCGGAAGGCUGUAAGUCUGUUGAUGACUUAGUGGUAACAACGGAAUCCGAGUUGUACCGAGUACUGAACCUCCACUACAACAGAAACAACCAGAUCGAGGUACCUGAUAACUUCAGACUCGUCGUGCAAGCCACACUGAGAGAGUUUUAUAAGUCUGUUGUUGCUUGUAAGGAUUCAGAACCCUCUUGGAAAAAGUCCAUCUACAAAAUCAUCGCACGCAUGGAUGACAGUCUUCCGGAAUAUUUCAAAUCGCCAAACUGGAUGGACCAGCUCGGCGACAUGUAAACAAAAAUACACAACAAUUAAAAAACAUAGUAAACGGAUUUGUGGAUCCUAAUUAACAACGUUGUUGUUGUUUGUGCAAUAUUUCCAUUAUUUUCAUUAAGGGUUUCAUACAAAUCGGGUUUUUUUUUGUUUGGUCUGACUCCAGUGCUAUUAUUUAUUAUUGUUUCAUUUAGCUGUCAGAUCAGAAACUUGACAGUUCUAAUAACAUCGUGGUAUAUAUAUUUUUUUGACAUUCCAUUUGCAUAAUCUAUAAGAAAUCCGGCGGUUCUUUUUCCUCUGCAGUCAACAAAAGCGCCAUUCCUGUAAUUCAUGUUUGGCGUGCUGUAUGUUUUGUUUUUCAAAUUAGAAUUUAAAAAAUGCUCAAGUAGUUUGUCUAGUCAAGGACACAAACAUCCAGUUGUGUAUAUAUACAACCUGUGCUAGUAUUGAUUUUUACGUAUUAACUGUACUGUGUUGUGCAAUGUUCUCCAAACCAAAUGUUUGUUUUUUUUAAUUUUUAUAUGUUUACAUUACUAUAUAUAGUAAAUUACGAUGUGAACGGACGUGAUUUGUACACGUGUAGAACUGAUCAUGUGAUUAUUGUCACUAUUAUUGAGGUCAUUGAAAAGUGUUCGAAUUUUGACUUAUUCUCGAUUUACUUUUUCUUUGCUUCAUUAUACAGAUUGCAAUGAUUUCACAGAGUAUGUAUUUGCACUUUAUUUACAUAUUUAUUUUAGUGAUUUCUCCUCAAUAUUUUACAACACCUAGUCAAUAAUGAACAAGAUGAGAUUAUUGUCAAUUUCUGUUUUUACUAGUUUUGCAAUCACGUGUUAUUCGAAGUCAACGCGCGAUUUGCAGCUUCAAUCAACGUUGUUGAAUUUUUAGAAUAAAAAUCAACCAUUAACCGUUUUUCACCAAAUUCUACCUUUUAGACUUUAGUUUUCCAUUUAUCGCAUGAACAAUUUGAUUGAUAAGGAAAUUGACCAUGAAUAUAGACUAUACAUGUACAUAUAAUGAUGUUAAUGUGUACUUGUAUAUAAAACAUACAUGUACAUUUGAUGAUGUUAUUUAAACCAUUUUCUGCAAGGUUGUCCUCAUUGAUUUGAAUUAAUGUACUGUUUGGCGGGAAAUGACGAUUCAGUGCGUUGAUAAAACUUGAAAGUAUUCAUGUAUACAAUGUAGAUUAGAUUCAAUAAAUUGUUAUGACCAAUGA